AUGCUUUAUGAAUAUAAUUCAGUGUAUGAAGGUUGGUUUUUUCUCAAAACAUUUUUGCUUGUUCGGUUCGCAAACAGAACAGAGCCAUUUCCUUUUUGCCCCAGCCGACACAAUGAGAAAAAAAUCUGGUCUUAGACCAUCUCGCAUUGUUUUUUUCUAUAUUUUCCCGGAUUCUUUCAAAACUACUUCAUAUUAUUAUUAUUAUUAUGAAUUGAGUUAUUUAAACAAGUGUUUUUGUUUUUUGAUGACAUAAAAAUGUAUUUGUUCUUUUUUCUUACAUAAACAUUUUGAGAAGAAUGAAUGUUUACUAAAAAUAACCAAGUGAAAGUUUCGGGUUUGAAUUUGAAUUUGAAUUUAAAUUUAGGAUAUGGCCGGCGGGCGGAAAAUUUCGCUUUUAUGGAUUAUCUCCGGCCAUCCGUUUCCUUUCUUCUUCUCAAUUUAACCUCAUUUUUGCAACAACUUUUAUCUUGAUAGGCUAUUUUGAUCAAAGCAUUUGAUGAAUUUUCCAUAAAAUAAUUUAAUUUUGUUCAAAAAUCUGCUGUCCUUGAAAACCCAUUUUCUCUUCUUUUUCUCCCUCUUUUUUUCCUUUUUUCCUUUUUUUCAUUGUUGAAAAUUUGAAAUUCCUCCAAAUUUCAAUAAGUAUCCCACAGAGUUCUUCUCCUGCUCUUUGUGUCAUUUUUAUGAAUAAAACAUUGAAAAAGUAUUGUUUUCAAUGGAUAUUUGUUCAGGUGACUUUAGAUAUGGGCAAAAUUGGAUUUUUCCUUCUGGAGUCUGGAGAAAUUGCGAAAUUCUCGCGCAUCAAAAAAAAAUCUAUUUUUGUUUUCCUUGCCAUUGACUCAUUUUUUGUUCUAAAGAAUGUUUUUUUUCUGAAACAAGAACAAAAAUAAAAGAAAAUUUGUCAUUUUUUUUUGUUGAAAAGAAUUCCGCCUAACCAAUAAAAUUAUCAAUAAAUCCAAAUCUAUAUUAUAUAUCAAUUAAAAAAUGUGUCAAUUAUUACAACAACAAAAACUGUUUUCUUUUCCUUUUUCCCUUUUUUCUCCCCCCGCGCCCAAAUAAAAAUAUUUUCCCUUUUUUCAUCAUUAGAAACAUCGUUCAUUCAUUUUUCUACAGAUCAUUUGAUGAUCGCACAACUCAAAAAGAGUUUACAACAAAAUGGACAAUUUGAGAAGAAGAAUGUGGAAAAGGCGCAUGCUGAAACAUCGUUGAAAGAUCGAUUGAAGUUGUUGAGUGAUGUGGGUUGUUUUUUGAGUCUUGAAAAUUUGAAAUUAGGAUUUUUGGCGCGCUAAACUCGAGGCCUUUUUAAAAGGUACUAAUUUUUUCAACAAAAAAUUUUCACCCCGAAAAUUAUUAUAUUUUUGAGAGAAAACUCUGAAUCCAAACAUUAUUACUGUGGAUUUUUUAGCACCAAGUUUUGUAAAUUCCGCAAUUUAUAAUGCAUCGUCCAAAGUGAAAAAAAAAUGCGAAAAAUCAAAAAAAAACGUCCAAACUGACGCAUUUUUUUUCGCAGAAAUCGCAUUUUUUCGAGCACUUUUUUCGCGUUUUCUGGUGUUUUUCGAGCCAAAAUGGACAGAAAUUGAAAUAAUUUGUCUCAAAUGGUGUUUUUAUUGAUAAUGGAGGAAAAAUCAAUGGUGAAACAUUAAAAAAAACGAUUUUGAAAAUUUCAAAUUUUUUCGACUUUUUCGACAUUUUUUCGACAAACUCAUUUUUCAUGUUUCACCGCUGAUUUUUCCUCCAUUAUCAAUAAAAACACCAUUUGAGACAAAUUCUUUCAAUUUCUGUCCAUUUUGGCUCGAAAAACACCAGAAAACGCGAAAAAAGUGCUCGAAAAAAUGCGAUUUCUGCGAAAAAAAAUGCGUCAGUUUGGACGUUUUUUUUUUUAUUUUUCGCAUUUUUUUUCACUUUGGACGAUGCAUAAAAUCAAUUUGUUUCCACAUCAACUAUGACGUGGAAAAAUUCCAAAACAUUUUCUUUAUUUUGAGAAAAAUUCUCAUAAAUUUUUGUUUCCAGAGCGCAAAUUUAUGGCAACAACGCGCCCCGCCAAAACGAUCCACAAAACUACUAACAAAUGAACCCACCACAAUUCAAGCGAAAAUUGAAAGACCUAGGGAGAAAUGUGAGUACUUCUUUCUCAAUUUUUCCACAAUCAAAAAAAAACGUUUCAGCUUGUGAUAUAUCGAAUGGUUUGAACAAGUUCUUCGGGCCAACCUCAUCAAAUCCCUCUUCAUCAACAACAAUCGCAGCAGAUGAUAUAGAUCUUGAUGCGAUUUUAGUAUCAACAGCUCCAAAAUUAACAGCUCCGAGAAAAGCGAGAGCUCCGAAUAGGAAAUCAGCAGCUUCUUCUCAACAAGAUGAACGAAUUCGACUUGAGACUGUGAAAAUUGAUGAGGAAAAAUUCGGAGAAGAUAAUGAGGAAGAACCCGAAAAACUGGAGACGCAGGCUCAAGCGAUUGCUGCGUUGAAAAAUGCCAAACAAUUGCUAAAAAGCCCCACAAAAAAAUCAAUAUUCCCUGAUGUUAUGCUUGUACAAAUUAAAGGCGCAAAACAUACAGAUGUUCGAAUUGUUUCGCCUUCAAUUCAUUCGAUUCAUGAAAAUGCUUGCUUUGUUGUUAUAACUCAUAGAAGUCUCAUAAAAUAUGAAGGAGCGAAUUCGAAUAUUUUGGAGAAAACCAAAGCUUCACAAUUAUGUAUUGAGAUUAUUGGAAAAACUGAUUUGAAUUGCGUUGCGGAUAGUUUUUCAACAAUUGAUCAAGUUCAAAAAUCACAAUUACUCAAAUUCCUUUCAAAUACCAGACAACCCGAAGAAAACAACAACAACAAUUCGAAUUUCGGCGAAGUUUCGAAAGAGUCAUUUGAGGUGACGAUUUCGGCUAAAUUAAAUCUGGUGUUUCGAAUUGCGGACGAUCGAACGGCGCAAACAGUUUCGAGACGUGAAAAGGUUUCUUACUCGAUGUUGCAACCUGAUGAGACUUUGAUUUUUGAUUUUGGAUCCGAGAUUUAUGUUUGGUCUGGGAGGAAUUCGACGAAAAUUGAUACGGCCUAUGCGGUUGAAUAUGCUAAACAAUUGGUGGGUUGGGGAGAGAAAUUGGGAUUUCAAAAAAAAAUUAAAACUAAAUCCUGAUCUUGAGCUCAAAUCGGCUUAUCUUUCACAUCACAUUCUUAAAUCUUUUCAAAAUCAAUAUAAUUUUUUCGAAAAAGCAGAAAUUGAAUGACAAAAUCAUUACUUCGUGAGUCGCGGUUUUGUUUCCCGGUUUUCAUUUUUAAGACAGACACAUUUUUCAACUUCAAAAAAUCUUAUAAAUAUUGUGAAACGUAGAAUUUCCAUUUUCGUUGCAGCUCAACAAAAAAGUGAAAAAUGGUCGAAAUUUGAUUGGCGAUUUCGAAGAGAGCAACGGAGAAAAACGACCAGAUUGGACACUUUUCCGCAAAUUGCAUCAAGGUGUUUUGGACAGUCUUUUCAAGUCGAAAUUCUACGAUUGGCCAGAUAAAGAGAUUAUGAACACCUGUCGACCAAAACCAUUGUUUGCACCGGUUUGUUGUUGAUUUUUUUUGGCGUUGGGAAUUAUUUUUGUUCAAAAUUUAGAGAAAAAACACAUUUUUUUCGAAAUUCAUUAAAAAUAGUAUAUUUAUUGGAAAUUUUCCAAAAAAAAAUUAGGUCUAAAAAUAAAUUUAAAAAAAAUAAUUUGAAGUUUCAGUUUUGUUGAAAUUUAGGCUCAUAAGUUCAAAUCAAUCACAUAUUUCUUUUUUUUUUUCCAGAAAAAACCGAAUAAAUUUGGAGAAUAUAAAGUGAAAAUGAGCGAAGAUGAAGAAAUUGAUGGAUUAGUUCAACGAAUGAUUGAAGAACAACCAAUCGAACCAAUUUUGAUUCUAGAAGAUCAAGAAAUCGAUCGAAAAAUGCACGAUGUGAUAACAGAAGAUCUAGAUUUAUGGAUUCUUGGAGGAGAAAUCCUGAAAAAUAUUGAAUUUUCGAAUGUCUUCGAUUCAACUCGUUGUUAUGUGCUUCGAUGGAAAUAUCGAAUUCAAAAAUCGGGAGUGAGAAGAAUAAAAACGGGUGUUGAAGAAGAGCGCGAAACUGGAAGAUCGAGAAUAGCAUUUUUUUAUUGGUUGGGUGAACGAACAACACCCAAACAACAUGGAUUGUGUGCAUUGAGAAUUAAGGAUAUUGAUAAGGAUAAUAGUCCGAGAAUACGUGUUGUUCAGGGAAAUGAGCCGGCGCUGUUUUUGGCACUUUUUGAUGGCACAUUUUUGGUUAGGUGAGGUUUUUGGUGCACAAUAAUCCACUUAUUUUUUGCUUAUUAUGAGCACUUUUGAAAAUAUUCAAAUAUUGAUGAUUGAAACUCAAGAAAAAUGAAGAUAUAUGUGACCGAACUAUUUUGGUGGCCGAGAAAUGUCGGGAGUUCGGCCACGGCAACAUUUAUCAAUAUUUGAAAAUUUUUGAAAGUGCUCAUAAUCUCGGAAACAUCCAAUUUUUAUCUUAUGAAAAAUCUGAAAUUUUCCAUGCAAAAAGUUAUUAUAGCUGAUGAUAUUUCAUUUUUACUGAUUUUGAGCCUUUUUGAUUUUUCCGGAAAACGUUUUUUUUUAGUGUCAAAAGUUCAAUUUUCUUGAAUACACCUGAAGUUUCAGCUUGAAUUUUCCCCUAAAAUUCAAAAAAUCCCAACAAAUAUUUUUCAGAUGCGAUCCUUCAAUCCAAAAACCAAUUCAAACUUUCGUUGUUACGGGCGCAAAUUCGAGUGAAACUAGUCUUCGAGAAAUCGACGAAUCCGAGCCGAAACUUCGAUCACACGCUGCUUAUAUUCGAAAAACGACGAAAAAUGGCGAGAUUUCGGUGUUGUGCGGUGCGAAUUGCAAAGAAGCACAAGUGAAACUGGUUUUGGCGCAUGCCGAACAUUUGAAGGUAUUGUUUUGCAAUUUUAAAAUUUUAUUGGAAAAACUUAUUAAAAAAAAUAGCCUGCCAGAAUUGUUUUUUUAAUGAGAAAAAGCUAUGGCGUGGCAAUUUUUUGUUGAAAAAAAUGAAAUAAUUUUUUCGCUGAUACAAAAGUUAUAGGAAUUCCUGAAACUACAAAAAUAGCCCACCAUAAUUUUUUAAAAAAUUAGAAAAGCUAUGACGUGGAAAAUUUAUAUUUUUUCAAAAAAUAUUGAUUAACUUUUUGUAUUGUCAUUCCGAAAAAAUAAGAACCUUGGAAGAGAACCGACAUGGCCUAGGAAACCAAGACCACAGUAGACUUCGCAAAAUUUUGGAGUCUAUUUGACAAAUAAAAUGCGAAAUUUACACGUUGGCUAUUUGCCAACCAGUUUGAUGUGCAUGUGUCACGUCAUUUUUAGUCUACUGUACGUGAGCGCCAAUUCAAACGGGGGUUCUUUUAUUUGCGGAAUGACAAUAGUUUAAAAAUUCAUAGGAACAACUACAUGACGUGGCGAUUUUUUUUGUCGAAAAAAAUUAAAUAAUUUUUUCGCUGAUACAAAAGUUAUAGGAAUGUUCAGAAUUACAAAAAUAGCCUACCAGAAAAUAGAAAAAGCUAUGACGUGGCAAUUUUUUUGUUCAAAUAAUAUUAAUCAAUUUUUUCGCUGAUACAAAAGUUAUAGGAAUUCCCAGAAUUACAAAAAUAGCCUACCAUAAUUUUUUAAAGAACUAGAAAAGCUAUGACGUGGCAAUUUUUUUGUUGAAAAAAAGUUAAAUUUUUUUUGCUAAUACAAAAGUUGUAGGAAUUCCUGAAACUACAAAAAUAGCCCACCAUAAUUUUUUAAAAAAAUUAGAAAAGCUAUGACGUGGCAAGUUUGUUCAAAUAAAAUUAAUCAAUUUUUUUCUCUGAUACAAAAGUUGUAGGAAUUCAUAAAACUACAAAAAAGUCUACCAGAAACUAGAAAAAUCAAUGACGUGGCAAAUUUGUUCAAAUAAUAUUAAUUAAUUUUUUGCUAUGAUACAAAAGUUAUAGGAAUUCCUGAAACUACAAAAAUAGCCCACCAUAUUUUUUUAAAAAAUUAGAAAAGCUAUGACGUGGCUAAUUUGUUCAAAUAAAAUUAAUCAAUUUUUUUCUCUGAUACAAAAGUUAUAGGAAUUCCUAAAACUACAAAAAAGUCUACCAGAAAAAAGAAAAAGCUAUGACGUGGCAAAUUUGUUCAAAUAAUAUUAAUUAAUUUUUUGCUAUGAUACAAAAGUUAUAGGAAUUCCUGAAACUACAAAAAUAGCCCACCAUAAUUUUUUAAAAAAUUAGAAAAGCUAUGACGUGGCUAAUUUGUUCAAAUAAAAUUAAUCAAUUUUUUUCUCUGAUACAAAAGUUAUAGGAAUUCCUAAAACUACAAAAAAGUCUACCAGAAAAAAGAAAAAGCUAUGACGUGGCAAUUUUUUUGUUGAAAUUUUGUUGAAAAUUGAAUUUUUUUUUCGCUGAUUCAAAAUUUUGAAAAUAAUUGCAGCCCUCCUCAUCAUUCCAACCAAAAAUUGAAAUCGAAGGAGAUUCGGAAAAUCAUAAAUGGAUAAAUUCGAAAGGUCGAAAACAUGCGAUGAAAGUUUGGAGAUUAUUCGAAAACGAAAUCGAACAACUCAAUCAUUUGGCAUAUCAUCCAGAUUGCUCAUUCACAUUUACCCAGAUUAUUUUGACGGAUACGAUUUUGAUUGAUGUUGGAGAGAAAUUGUGGAUCUGGUCUGAAGAAGUUGUCACAACGUUUGCAUUGAAAUUAGCCGAUAAAUUCUGGAAGUCUCGAAAUGGAGAAGCGAUUUGUGUUGGUAAAGGAGAAGAGCCGGAAGAAUUCAAAGCGCUCUUCUUGAAAUGGGAUGAUUUUGAAGAGGAGGAGAAGACGAGCGAGCCGAGAGUUUUGCAAACGCUUUUGGCUGAAAGAUGUCGAUCUUUUAGUAUCGAAGAAUUGAGGGCGAGAGAGAAUCUACCGGCGGGUAUGGAUUUGAGAAGAUUGGAGAAUUAUUUGACGGAUGAGGAUUUUUUGAAGACUUUUGCUAUGAAUCGCAAACAGUUUUAUGAGCAAAAAGAUUGGAAACAAAAUGAAUCGCGCAAAAAAGUUGGAUUAUUCUGA